GAACCAAAGAAAAAUGCAACAGGACAACCUAUGGCACAAAGAGACCCACGUUACACAGCUACCCGAUAUUUUUUGUGAUAAGUAGAAACAUUUGAUCCUGUAAAACUAUACCCACUCUCCUUUUUUCUAAAGUACACAGAAAUGCAGGUGGAAGAUGUGUUCAAGCAAGGCCCUCUGCCCACUCAAACCCUAACAAUAGCUCAAGCAAGAGGGCGAAGCACAGGCAAUGUUAUUCCUUUCCCUCCCAAGCCCCUCAUGCUGAUUGUCCCUUCUGUACAAGGAGACUAUCCUAUCCUCCUCUUCCUCCAUGGCUACGUCCUCGUCAACUACUUCUACAGUCAACUUCUGCAACACAUUGCUUCCCAUGGAUACAUCACAAUUGCUCCUCAGAUGUACACGACUGCCGGAGCCGACACCACGGGAGAGAUAGCAGACGCAGUGGCCAUCACAGAGUGGCUACGUGCGGGGCUUUGCCAGCAUCUGCCGGAAAAAGUGCAGCCGGAUUUCCAAAAAUUGGCCAUCGCCGGUCACAGCCGCGGCGGCAAAGUGGCCUUCGGGGCAGCCCUGGGUCGAACCCCGGUGCUUCCAUCGUCGCCCUACGCGGCACUCCUGGGAAUCGAUCCCGUGGACGGAAUGGGCGCCGGCAAACAGACUCCGCCGCCGAUUUUAACUUACAAAGAACAUUCUUUUACAGGGAAUAUUCCGACAUUGGUCAUCGGAUCGGGUUUGGGGCCGGUGAAAAGAAACCCUUUAUUUCCUCCCUGCGCUCCGGCUGGCGUGAACCACGUGGAUUUUUUCAGGGAGUGCUGCGCUCCGGCUUAUCAUUUCGUGGCAGUGGAGUACGGCCACGUGGACUUUUUGGAUGAUGAGACGAGCGGAGUUAGGGGCAAGUCAUCGUAUUGCUUGUGUAAGAAUGGGGUGGCGAGGGAACCCAUGCGGAGGUUCAGCGGGGGAGUUAUGGUGGCUUUUCUGAAUGCGUGGCUGAGGAACAAAGCUGAGGUUUUGGAUGAACUCGUGGCAAAUCCCUCGCUCGCGCCCGUCAAGGUGGAAGCUCCCGAGUGUUAUGUUCUGCAAAAUUUGAAUGCUUAAUUGAAAGGAUGCAGUUUAAUCGGUAAGGAUGAUAAAUUUUUAUUAUAUCAUCUGUUAAAGUUUAAAUCAGGUUCAAUUUAUAGGUCAUUUUGAUUAAUUAUAUUGAUGACAAUUUGAUCGAAAGGACUAUCUUUAAAAUAUAAUAGUGUAAUCUUUUAUACAAAAGUAGAGAUGUGAUAUUUAUGUAAAUAUAUAACUCUCUUUUUCUUCCAAUUUAA